UCGAAUAGCAUAGCAUCCAGCAAAGUAGCAAGUUUGUCUUAAUGUUGGCAGUACAGUUACCGGACUCAAUCAGUAGUAGCCAUGACCAGGAUAUGAUGUAGCCUCUUCACUCCUGCUCUUGGGGCGGGAAUUCCCUGCGUGGUCUGCGUAACGCACGUCAACAUGGAAAAGUUGUCAGGGGAGGCACAGCUGCAGGCUCCCCCAGCACUGUAGCACCCCAGGUAACAUCUGCACCUGCAUGUGUGACAGCUCAGAUCGCACCGAGGGUUUGAAUGGACGUUUGUGAAUCGACUUCAAAGCACGUGUGCAGGUACAGUAGACUACUCCACUGAUAAAAACUGUGGAGCACAAUGAGUCUGGCUCUUCAUGAUCUCCUGGUCUGCUGCAGGGGGCUGGAGAAUGACAAAGCUACAGAGAGGAAGAAAGAAGCUGAACGCUUCAGACGGCUCCUUCGAACUCCAGAGAUUGUGCAGGAGUUGGAUCGUACCUCAGGACCUAAAGCUAAAUCCUCCAAGCAACUCACGUGGGAUGCUGUUUUCAGAUUUCUGCAGCGCUAUGUCCAGAAGGAGACAGAAAGCAUGCAGUCAAGUAAAUCCGUCGCAGCGACAACGCUGGCCACACGGAAGAAGAAGAUGGCUGAAAUGUGCAGUUUGAUCAAAUACUUCAUACGCUAUGCAAACAAACGUGGGCCUCGUCUAAAGUGCAGUGAGCUGCUGAGACAUGUGAUGGAGGUGCUGCAGAAUUCAUACAGCUGUUCAGCUUAUGGAGAAGAUUACAGCAGCCUCCUGGUGAAGGACAUCCUCUCCGUCCGCAAGUACUGGUGUGACAUCACUCCACAGCAGUGGCGAAGUCUUUUGGACUUGUACUGUGGCUUGUUCAACUCCUCAUCCAAACCGAUCAACCAUGUUUUGGUGAACAGAGUCAUCCACAUGUUGGUGCGGGGCUGCUGCAUGCAGACUGAUGGAUUUCAUAACACUCUGUUCAGCUUCUUCUCCAAAGCACUGCUUAAUGCCAGGCAAGAGAAACAAUUGACUGUUUUGGAGCACCUCGUCUCGGCUCUCAACAUAUUCUUGAGAUCUGCAGCCAUGAACUGUAGGAUGAGGGUGUGUCAUCUGGGAGAGGAGCUUCUGCCCUCUAUACUAUAUGUCUGGGCAGAUAUGAGGCCCAGUGCUGCUCUCAAAGAGGAGAUCGUGGAGUUCUUCAACCUGCAGAUCUGUGUUCACCACCCCAAAGGAGCCAUGACGCAGGACACAGGUGCUCAUGCUGAGGACUGGACUAGGUGGCGGAGUCAGCUGUACAACCUGUACGAUGCUUUGGUUAGAGAAAUCAGUCAUAUAGGCAGCAGAGGGAAGUACGUCACAGGGACGAGACACAUAGCCGUGAAAGACAAUCUCAUCCAGCUCACAGCUGACAUCUGUCAUCAGCUGUUCAGUGAUGACAAAGCCAUCCAUAUCUUGGAGAUGACACAGGCCCCCCUCAGAGCCACACAGAUGGGCAGUCCCAACCAAGGAACAGCCAGCAAGCGACGCCGCAUCGAACUGGGCUGGGAGGUCCUCCGAGACCAUCUGCAGCCUCAGCACAGUGACUUUGAUGUCAUACCAUGGCUGCAGAUCACGGCAGUGCUCACCUCUAAGUAUCCAUCCAUGAUGCCCAGCCAGGAGCUGGUCCCACUGCUGUCAGUGUUGUACCAGCUCCUGGCAGAGCAGCGGAGAGGAGAGAGGGGGCCAUACGUGCUGCGUUGUCUGAAGGAGGUGGCCCGGUGCCAUGCCUGCUACCCAGAGAGGACCCAGGUUCACAAGGUGGAGUUGGGCAGGCUGUGGGGUCGGGUCUGGGCCCUGGCACUGCGAGGGGUCAGCUCACCCCAGACAGAGGCCCUCAGCCUGGACCUGCUGGCCUCCAUUGUCCAUGGUGGACUGAUUAAUAUGGACAGAGAGUUCUGGAAGCUUUUCUCUGGAUCAGCUUGCAAACUAUCCCAGAGUGCUGCUGUCUGUCUCUCCCAGGCCCUGCUUAAGUGUCCGGUCCCUAAGAGUCUCAUCCCGAGCUCAGGCUGGGACUAUGUGGGGGUCACAGAAGGAUCUGGGUCUCCAAACCUGAAGGAAACCCUCCUAGCCUGGCUGCUGAUGAGUGAUCAGAGCGAUGAGAUGGAGGAUAGCUCCAGACCUCACCCCAUCAUUUGCAGAGACUUUCCCUACAAUCUAAUAGCGGACAUCCUUGUCUCCCUGACCUUGAAAGACACCAGAGCAGGCCUGAAGUUUCUGCUGGGUGCUGAAGGAGCUGAGGGUACCUUUUUUCAAGAACAAGCGUCUUCUGAUGCCAAAGACAACCUGGAAGAGAUCGAGAGGCUGUAUUUGCAGUUCAGCUUCAACGCUCUGCCCUCAGAGUUCCGAGGGACUGAAGAGUCGGUCAAGACGUCGUCAGCUGACGGCCAAUUCGCUGCUGUCCCCGGUCUCCGAAGCAAGUUGGAGCAGUCCCUGCUUAGUGUGGCUGACAACUUACUCCGCUGCUACUCUCCUGACUCUCAGUCCAUCCCUCCAGAGUGUCUGGUGCGCUGUUUCAGUCUGCUGACUGGUGUUCUAGCAGGUUACGUCUCCAGUGGGGUUCUUACUCAAGAGGAGGCCUGCCGCUCACAACUCCUCACUAAGGCAAAGGCCGUGGCCCAGGAAUUUAGUGGGUUUGUUUCUAGUGUGAAAGUAAAGAUGACAGAGGAGGGGACCAUGACCACGCUAAGGUCUGUCAUGAAGCUCUGCACACAGUCAGCCAGCAGAAAAAACGAGGAUAAUGUUUGUACCAUCUCCUGUAGUCUGUUCAUUAUGAUACUGCCAGCCAAUCUCCUUAGUGAACUGGCAGAGAUCUGCAAACUGUUGCUAAGCAGUGUUUCUAAGAAAGUCGGUGUUGUGGAUGAGGACGAGCAUGUGGAUGACGACUGGGAUGUGACCAGGACUCAAGAGGAGGAUGAUAUUGACCUGUUUGAGGAUGGCGAAGAGUCCCACAGCAGCACCAAUGGGACCCACGGACAGAAGGGAGAAAACACUGAUGCUGCCUGUGGGCCAGGUGCAAAAAGCCUGUUAGCAGAGGAUCAUCUGGCCCAGCAGGACCUGGCUCUCCUCGCGAUCUUGGAGUUCCUGUGUGAGUUUGGCUCUGUCCAGCACGGCCACAGUCUGCUUUUCAAACCACAGGAGGUGCGGCACAGGCUGCUGCUGCUGUUGGAGCAGAUCGACUUCAGCAAAGCCCUGCACCUCAACAUGUAUCUUGUCCUGCUGAAGAAGCUUCCUGCCGAGGACUCGCUCUCUCCUGAAGAAUUUGAUUCGCUGCUCCGUCCUCUGGCGGAACUGUGUAGCGUGUACCGUCAGGACCAAGAGAUCUGUUCUGCUGUGCUGUUGGGUUUGUUACCCUCCAUCAGGAGCCUGGGGAAAACCCACCACAUGCCCGAGGAAAUGAGACAUGUUCAGGGAUCCCUGCUACAAGUUGUCUCUGGAUUCUGUUUCUUGAGCCAAACGGGGAAAUGCAUAGCAGCUGUGCGAGCCGCUUUAGUGCGAUGUCUGGUUGCUUUGCUAGAGGCUGACCCAUGUUGUAAGUGGGCAGUCCUAAGUAUCAGAGAGCCGGGCAGAGAGGAGGACCGUUCAGUGUCCGUCAUCCUUCCGUCUCACCUCGCAGAUACCCACCACCAAGUCCGUAUGCUGGUAGCCAUGUCAGUGGAGAGGUUGUUUCUGGAGAUGAGACCAGAUCACCCUGAUAAAAGGAAGAUGCUACCACUUAAACACCAGCAGGCUGCUUUUGAAAAUGUUUACCUGAAGGCUCAGGAGGGAAUGAGGCUCCCUAGAAGCAGCUCUUCAGAGGACCAGCAGGACGAGGCAUUCAACCGCAAGGCCACCCUGUUGAAGAGUUUGUCUGUGGUGCUGUGCUGUAGUCCAGUGUGUGAAAAACAGUCUCUGUUUGCCCUCUUCCAGUCCUACAAGGAGAACAAUAUCGAGGAACAGCUCAUUAAAAAGAUGUUGUACAGUGUAUCCCGAGCGCUGGGCUACCGGAGCGUAAAGACAUUUGUCAGUUCUCACUUGUACUACUUGGUGGCAGAGUGGCUCGCACAGAGACAGUCUGACGAUCGUUACACUCUUGGCUCUUUCCCCUACACCCUCCUAGACCAUGACGCAGUCAAAGAUUUCUAUAACUCUUACUACCAUGUACUGAUCCCCCACUUGGUCUUCCUGGACGACUUUGAGCAGGUCAAGUCUAUCGGCAGGUAUCUGGACAAGGACUGGAAAGAGCUAUUGGCCAACUGCUUCCCCAAGAUCAUGGUCAACAUCCUGCCAUACUUUGCCCUGUCCGGCCAGGAUUCACAGGUUGCACAGCAGAGAGAGAAGGCCCACAGAGUGUACAACCUGCUCAAAGAUGCCAGCUUUCUGGGCAAACAGCAAAUUGACAGCUUGAUCCACAGUAACCUGGCGGACAUAGUGGUGGAGCUGCUGAUGACUCUGUAUGAAGGAGGUGGAGCUGAAGGAGACAGAGGAGACAUCAAACGCUUUAUAGGGGAACUGGACCCUGUACCAAACCCACCAUACUUCAGCUCCUAUGUCAUCAAAGCUACUCUGGACUACCUCAGCAAGUGCCACAGUGCCAACCACAAGUCACUGGUAGCCAUUCUGUCCAAAACUCCGGUUUCUAUCCAAAGGAUCCUGCUGGCGGUGUGUGAAAGAGCAGCGGAGACGACCAACGGCUAUGAACGUCAUCGCAUCCUCCUCAUGUAUCACCUGUUUGUCAACCUGCUGCUCAGAGAGGUGAAGGAUGGUCUGGGAGGAGCCUGGGCCUUCGUCCUCAGGGACAUCAUCUACACGCUCAUACACCAUAUCAACAGCAGACCAGUUCAGUGCGAUGAGGUUUCAACCCGAAGCUUGUCUCUGUGCUGCGACCUGUUGACUUCUGUGUGUCAGGCAGCCCUGCAGUUCUGUGAUGAUGCUCUAGACUGCCACCUACAGGUCAUUGUUGGGACUCUCACGGCUCAGGUGACCAGCCGGCCGGCCAUCUCAGAGCAGGUGCUCAGUCUGUUGCACUUUCUUGUGAUAGAGAACCAACAGAAGUUGAAAGGAGCCAUCAGCAGGUUGGAGCCUUUUCCCGACCUCCCUGAGUUCAGAGAGCUGCGGUCUGUACAGCACAGGCUGAAAUAUAACACUGGGACCUUUACGCUGCGACAGGAGAUAGCCCACUUCCUGUCAGUGACGUCAUGUGACUCCUUACCUCUGACCAGGCUGGAGGGACUAAAGGAACUGACCAGACAGCUGCAUGACAACAAGGGACAGAUCAGAGAGCUGCUCAAAGAGUGCCAUGCUGACCCCAGUGACAGUGUGCUGGUGAAGCUGGUUCUCAGUCUGCUGCAGCUCUCUAAGCUAGCUGCCAACCACCCCGGAGGAGCCGACAUCCUUGAGGCAGCAGGGAGCUGUCUAGGAGAACUUGGUCCAGUAGAUUUCUCCACCAUCGCCCUGCUCCAUGGCAGAGACCUCCUCUAUGAAAAGGCUGUGUCUCUCUUCACCUCCACAGAUUCACAGUGUCUCUACAUCAUUCUCAACUGCAUGAACGACGCACUCACUCAGCGGCGUAUUGAGGUGAGGCAGGCAGCAGCUCAGUGUCUGAAGAACAUCCUCGCCAUUCAGUCUGGAGUUGACUUCUGGGAGCAACACAAAGAGAACAGGGACCCCAUGCUGGCCUACCUUAAUCCCUUUAGAAAGGCCAAGAGCAAGGUGGCUGCUGUGAGUGCUGAGGAAAGUUCGGAAUCCAGGGAGAAGCUGGAGAGUCAGGAGUUUUGGACUCCUCAGGCGGGCAGCCACAAGGCCUGGCUGAAGGCCCUGUGCACUGCCCUGCUGGACAGUGGAGGAGUCAAGAGUGAGGCUCUGCUACUGUCCCGACCACUGUGUCUGGUGAAGGUGGACUGCUGUCAGAGGUUGCUGCCCCUCAUCAUCCACUCUGUCCUUCUGGAUGACUCGAAUGGUUCGUGGAGGGAGUUGCUCUCAUCCCACAUCCAGGACUUCUUCAGUUUCUGUUCCAGAAGUGCUCAGGCUUCCAGUCGGUCUGCCACACCUCUCAGCUCUGACUCUGAGUCUGAAACAGCCAGCCAGGGCUUGUAUGACAAGGCUUCUCUGCGUACCAUGCUGGCAGUCAUUGACUAUUUGAGACACCAGCAGAGACCACUUGAAUCUGAUAGUAAGUCCUGUGGCACGGUGUGUAAUUCAAACUUCUGGCUGGAGCUGAACUACCUGGAGGUAGCCAAAGCUGCUCAGUCCUGUGCAGCUCACUUCACUGCUCUGCUGUACACUGAGAUCUACGUCGAUAAGAUCAAAGCUAACAUGGAGGAAAGUCGCAGAAACAAGUCCAGAGUGAAAUGUAAGAUUAAUUUUGAAGAGCACAGCCAGAACUUCACCAUCUCCAGCUUGACAGAGAAAAGUAUGGAAGACACCAACAUCAGUCUGCAGGAGCUUCUGAUUGAGGUGUAUCGAAGCAUCGGAGAACCUGAUAGUCUGUAUGGCUGUGGAGGGGAGACGAUGACCAGUCCACUGACCAGGAUUCGAACCUAUGAGCACGAGGCUAUGUGGGGGAAGGCCCUGACCUCAUACGACCUUCACUCUGCUCUGCCCGAGGCUACUCGACAAGUGGGAAUCGUGGAGGGCCUGCAAAACUUUGGUCUGAGCAGCAUCCUCGCCACCUACAUGCGGGGUCUGGAGAGGGAAGGGGUGGAGUGGGGGGCUGAGCUAAGAGAGCUCCGCUUCCAGGCCUCUUGGAGGAACACCCAGUGGGACUGUGAGCUGUCAGAGAGGAGUGAGAAAUCCACACCUGGCUUCCAUGAAUCAUUGUUUUGUUCCAUGCAAGCGCUGAGGGACAAAGAGUUCUCCGUGUUUGACGAAACGCUUAAACAGGCCAGGGGUGCAGAGGUGGAGGAGCUAUGCAGAGGUAGUCUGGAGGCUGUGUCUUCUCUGUAUCCGGCUCUCAGGAACUUGCAGAGCAUAAAGGAGCUGGAGAGUGUUAAACAACUCUUCUCUAGACCAUUCUCAGAUGUGACUCUGAGGGACGUUUGCAGCCAGUGGCGGCAGCACUCCCAGCUGCUCGCUGAUAGUGACUUUGCUUUGGUGGAGCCUAUUCUGGCCGUCCGCUCUGUGGCCCAGCAAACCCUGAUGUCCAGGGUGGGAGACCCCGACAGCAACCAGUACCUCAGCUCUGUGCUCACUGACCACCUCAUGGAGCUCUGCCAGCUGGCUCGCAAGGCUGGGAAUACACAGCGGGCAGAGCGGGCAGUCGUCCAGAUGAAGCAGCACGUUGGCCGAGGGUCCUGGGUGUCAUCACCUGUGUCGUCAUGGCAACUGGAGGAGGCCCAGGUGUUCUGGGCAAAGGGAGAGCAGGGUCUGGCUCUAGGCCUGCUGAGACAGAUGAUACACAACCUAGAGGAAAAGGUGGAUUUAAAUCCUGCUCUGGCUCCAGUCUAUACUGAGUGCCUCAGGCUGUGUGGUAACUGGCUAGCUGAGACCUGCUUGGAAAGUCCUGGAGUCAUACUGGAGAAGUACCUGGAAAGGGCAGUGGAGGUGAUCGAGGGGGAAUCAGGAGUGCUCGACUCCAGGCUGCAGAGUCAGCGAACUGCGGCCUUCCUGUCUCUGGCGCGCUUCUCUGACGCUCAGUACCAGAGCAUCGACAAAUAUAUGAACUCCUCUGAGUUUGAGAACAAGCAGGCGCUGCUGGAGAAGGCCAAAGAGGAAGUGGACUUGAUGAAGGAGCGUAAAGUGACCUCCAACAGGUACACAAUAAAGGUGCAAAGAGAGCUGGUGCUGGAUGAGAAGGCCCUGUCUGACCUGCGGUCAGACAGACAGCGCUUCCUGUGUAAGGCGGUGGAGAAUUACAUCCAGUGUCUGGAGCAGGGUGAGGAGCACGACACCUGGGUGUUCCGUCUGGCUUCACUCUGGUUGGAGAAUGCUGACGUUAAGAAUGUAAAUAACAUGAUGAAGAAAGGGGUGAAGCAGAUCCCCUCUUACAAGUUUCUGCCUCUCAUGUAUCAGCUGGCUGCACGCAUGGGAACCAAGAUGGCAACUGGCAUCGCCGAGGACACGGGAUUCCAUGAUGUUCUCAGUGAUCUCAUUUGCCGAGCGUCUCUGGAGCACCCUCACCACACGCUCUUCAUCAUCUUCGCUCUGGUGAACGCCAACAAAGACGAGAACUUUUGCAGGACCCGGCUGUCUAAGAGCGCUUCAAGGCAGCCAUCACCAUUUGACCUGGAGCGUUCACAUGUGGCCCAAAAGAUCAUUAAUUCAAUCAGUAAAAAGAGAGGCGAGAUGAUCCGAGGGAUCGAGCGUCUGUGCGAUGCCUACAUCACUCUGGCUUAUAUGGACGCCAGCAAGCACAAGACUGAAAAGAAGGCUAUUCCCAUCCCUGCUGAUCAGCCCAUCAUGCAAAUCAAAGACCUGGAUGAGGUCGUCAUCCCCACAAUGGAGAUCAAGGUGGAUCCAACUGGUUGCUAUGACAACCUGGUGACUGUCAGGUCCUUCAUGCCCAAGUAUCACCUGGCUGGAGGAGUCAACCUGCCCAAAAUCAUCGACUGUGUCGGCUCUGAUGGCAAGAGCAGGAGACAACUGGUCAAGGGUCAGGACGACCUGCGGCAGGAUGCGGUGAUGCAGCAGGUCUUCAGCAUGUGCUCCAUGCUGCUGCAGCGCAACAAGGAUACUCGCAAGAGGAAGCUCAACAUCAGACGAUACAAGGUGGUGCCGUUCUCUCAGCGUAGCGGUGUGUUGGAGUGGUGCUCGGGCACUGUGCCCAUCGGGGAGUUUCUGGUGGAUCCCAAUAAAGGAGCCCACAAACGAUUCCGACCCCGGGACUGGACCAAUUUGUCCUGCCGCAAGAAGAUGAUGGAGGCUCAGAGACUUGCGUUUGAUGAGAAGCUCCUGGCCUACAUUGAGGUGUGCAAGAACUUCAGGCCAGUCUUCAGGUAUUUCUGCAUGGAGCGAUUCCUGGAUCCAGCGGUGUGGAUGGAGAAACGGCUGGCUUACACCCGCAGCGUGGCCACCUCCUCUAUCGUUGGCUACAUCGUAGGUCUGGGUGACAGACACAUCCAGAACAUCCUCAUUGAUGAGCAGACUGCUGAACUGGUGCACAUCGAUUUAGGUGUGGCCUUUGAGCAGGGGAAGAUCCUCCCCACACCGGAGACUGUCCCCUUCAGACUCUCCAGAGACAUUGUGGACGGGAUGGGCAUUACUGGAGUGGAGGGAGUUUUCAGGAGAUGUUGUGAGAAGACCAUGGAGGUGAUGAGGAGCUCUCAAGAAGCUCUGCUGACUAUUGUAGAGGUGCUGCUGUACGACCCUUUGUUUGACUGGACCAUGAACCCUCUGAAGGCCUUCUACCUGCAGCACGACGAGCAGCAGGAGCUCAACGCGACGCUGAGCUCCACUAUGGGGGGAGAGGACAUAGACAACCCCCGUAAAUUCAGUGACAGUCAGAGCUUCAACAAGGUGGCCGAGCGGGUGCUGCUGCGGCUGCAGGAGAAACUGAAGGGGGUGGAGGAGGGUACGGUGCUAAGCGUGGGGGGGCAGGUCAACCUGCUCAUCCAACAAGCCAUGGACCCCAAAAACCUCAGCAGACUCUUUCCAGGCUGGCAGGCCUGGGUGUAGGCCUGAGAGAAGGUCACUUGGGCUGGAAGGGUUCCUGCUCCAGCCAACAAGGGGAACAGACACAUUUUAUCUCUUCUGUAUGAUAAGUAGAGCCAGUUGCUUGACUGAAACUCCUGUAUGCAGUCACACAUUUAUGGAGUAAUGGAGUAAAAAGGUUUACAGACAUUACUCAAAUGAGCUUAAACACGCUUCAUUUCAAACUUGAGACAACUUCCUGAGUAACAUAAACCAAAACACUGUUUUGUCCUUAUGAAUUUUCACUUUCUGCAAACCUUUGCACUUUAACAGAAAAUUUGGAAACUUGUAUCAAACAAAAAAGGGAAGAUCAUCCAUUUUCUUGCUCAAAGACCAGUAAGCCGCGGUGUCCUGAUUUGUUCUUGUUACUGUAAAAGUCAGACUCUUUGUGUAUUUUGCCCAGUUGGAUGUGGUUGCUUUCAUACUGUUGAAUGAUGUGUGAAAUGAUGAAUUAUUCCCAAUUUUUUAACAUGAAUACAUGCUUAAUGGAUGUAUGAUAUACCUUUAAAUAAACUGCACUUGAAAUAC